AUAUCAUUGAAUGUGAUGAUGACCCUCCUCCGUGUCACGUGAAUGCCACAUGUAAUGAUAUUCCUGGAUUAUAUGAAUGCAACUGUUUCGACGGUUUCACGGGCAAUGGUACCUAUUGUGAUGGUAUGGACGUUUUGAUUCAUUUAGUAACUUUCUAUUCAUUCCUAUUUAUAUCAGGAAAUAUUUUUACGAAAAUAGAAUAUUAACAAUUCCUCCCAAACCAUUUCAAGUUUUCAUUGUAAUUGGCGUGAACUGUCAUUUAGAACAUUUAUUCAUUUAUUUAUUUUACAAAUGUGUACACAGAAGAGUUAUGGAAUGUUUAAAGUUGUAAAAAGUCUUUUCUCGCAAGUUCUUUCAAAUGAGAAACAUUGAAUAUUAGAAAAUUAAAUCGACCCUUUAUAGUAGAACAGUAUAUGGAUAAUGCUAGGUUGUGCUCAUCUUACUAGAUGUUGACGAAUGUGAACCAAGUCGUUGUCAUGACAACGCUACAUGUGAGAACACUAUUGGAUCGUUCAUUUGCCGUUGUAUUGACGACUUCAGAGGCAAUGGUUUUGAAUGUGAAGGUAAGAACCUCUUUCCUUAUGGUGGAUUAUAAUUUGUAAUAGGUAAUCACACGGGAAAGAGUGCAACUAAUGAAUGACAACACUACGAGUUAUACUGUAUUUGGAAAAUGUGCAAAAUCGGACGAGGCGCUUUUUUUCAUUCAUUAUAUGCAUAACAAAAUUGCGUUCUUCAAAAUUUAACUGCCUUUUGUCAAGACUUUUUAAUUCUUUUUUCAAACACUCAUUAAUAAUUCAUAUAAGGUUAUUAGCAAAUCAUUUCAACCACAACAUGUCACGUGCAAUGGCUUUAAACCUGAUAAAACACUCUUAAUUAGUAUUCUUUAUAUAGGGAACACUAAUAAGGCAGUAUCUAUUGUGUUCGUGUCCUAUUUAGUAUUCUUCAUAUAAAGAAUACUAAUGAGACAGUAUAUCUAUUGAAUUUGUAGAUCGUAAGCAAUUUGGCAACAUAUAAACUAACUUAAACUAGAACGUUUGAUUCAAACUCAAACAACAUAUUUUAAGAUAAAAAAAUCUUUAUAAAUUGUAUUCGCUGCAUACCGCCGAGAUUUUUAUACGAGAUUAUUACCACAGGCUGCUGUUGCCAUACUAUGUUUUUAAUAAACUAAUCCUUGUGCCAAAAUUUAGUUAAAUUCGUCCACUUUUGUUAUUUAUACAAGAUAAAUUUCGUCGCCAUAUUGGAUUUUUGUUGUUUUGAUUUCUCGGUUCCCCCAGCCAUCACGAAAAUCAUAAAUUGAACUCCUUGAGAGUGCAAUUAAUGAAAUAAUUGCACUCCUCUUAACCAAUCACAUUGCAGUAAUUUUGUCCUCUAUCUGAUUAAAUAAUUUAUUGGUUGCAUUUCUAUAAACCUACUUUUUUGGUUGAGUGAAAUAAGUCAAGAAAAGAUGGGAAUUCGAAUAUUUAUGUUUCUUUGAAUGUUAUUUGCUUUUCUAUGAUUAAAAACUUGUUCCAAUGCUUUGUGCUUGCACUGUAUUACGUUAAAGGGGUUUACCAGAAUACCAAUGUAGCCUACUUGAUGGCAGGGUCUCCGUAUACCUAAAUGUUAAUCUUGGGAAAUGAAGCAUGCUUAUUUUAUACUGUGUGUCAGCCUACUUCAAAAAUAAAAUACUGCAUACCAAAAGUAAAAUGGUCUAAACGUUGAGUCCUUUCUCAAGAUACAUGGUACUCCAAGAUACAUGUCGCCCUUCCUUUGCCAUCUUUAAAUCAUUUGUUUUUUUAAAACAUCAUCGAAUUUUGCCGCCUAUACUAACGCUGUCCUCCAUAGUUAAUCAUGUGUGUGGUUGUUAUACUAGAGAUCAGAGAAUAGUUUGACUAUAUUUUUUUUAUAUGCUUGGCUGUAGACAAUUUUUACGCGUAAAUUCAUCAAGUUUUAUUUUUUUAUAGAGUUUAUAGAAUGUGCAGACGAUAGCAUAUGUGAUGAAAAUGCGGUGUGCAACAACAUCACUGGGACUCCUGUGUGCACAUGUAAUGAGGGUUUUGUAGCGAGUGGAGUUGUUUGUGAAG